AUGCAUUUGAUGUACACUUUGGACACUGAAGGAAAGCGUGUUUACACUUUGAAGAAGUUGACUGAUGAUGGUGAAAUCACCAAGUCUGCUCAUCCAGCUAGAUUUUCUCCCGAUGACAAGUACUCCAGACAAAGAGUCACUUUGAAGAAGAGAUUCGGAAUCAAACCAAUGAAGGGAUUACGUUACCAUAACCAUGAAAUUGCAGUCUUGAUCAAGAUGUGA